UUUUUUUUUUUUUUUUUAUAUUUUGUUUUUUGAUUGAGAAGAAAACCUAAAUCGACAAAGACGAUGUUGCUGCGGUUUCUCAAUACGGAAUCUGGUAGGAAGGCUAUGAAUCUUGCGAUGUUGGGCAUUAGUGAACACUUGUCGAAAUACGGGAUGUUCAACGCCAGGACUUGUCGGGGACUGGUGAGAGAGAACUGUAUUGAUGGGUCUUGUUGUGGCUUAGUACGCCUUUAUGCUUGUAUGGGCCUUCAUCGUUACAAUUUGCUUCAGGGGACAAACUUACAGCUCGUAGACGUUAAGAGAUAUAAUAAAACUGUGGGUUCUCCUGCUGGCUCUUUCUACAUUACUUUGUAUGCAACGGAUCCAUCUACCGGAAAUUGUCUAACUUUUCAGACUGCCGUUAACGUAGAAUGUUGUGGCGAAUUUGUUUUGACGUCCUAUGUUGCUGGACCUCGAGGGACAGUCACUAAUCCUAAAGCGUUGGUAAGAGAUAACUACCGCGUGGGCAACUUGCCUGAGUGCCCCAAGGAGAAUCCUUUCGAAAACAGAAACCGAUUUUACCAGGUGAUUUCUCCAGUGUUGAUGAAAUGGGUGAAGGAGAAGAUGAAGAGCAACUCUCGAGUGUUGUAGUAUAUGAAGAUAAACGUGGAUAUCUAUUUUCCUUGCGCUCAGACGAGGCCCGCUUAUCUCUGGUAUACCAGUUUAUUGAUUUCUUUGGUGGACAUAUCUCCCCAUGGAAGUGGACUUCCACCAACAGUUUGUCGUGGAGUGAGAAAAUAAGUACCCUUGAAACAUUGUCAGAUUCUAUGCUAGAAAACUUGAGAAGUGUACAUGAAUGUUUGUCGGAAUCAGAUAGUGCCUACGGGUUCAGCUUGGGAUCUCUUUUAGGUGGCAGCUGUGACAUAUCUAUGCGGACUGAGAUGAUGAAAUUUCUCCGCAAUGCCAUCUUGCUUUGUCUAAAUGUUUUUCCCCAAAACCACAUUCUGGAAGAAGCUGUGCUUGUUGCAGAAGAGCUAUUUGUAACAAAUAUGAAAACAUGUGAGGUAGCAACUACUCCAUGCCAAAAUUUGGCCGAUCGUCUCCUGGAAAAGUACCAGCAGGAUCUAUCACUUUGUGAAUUUUGGGCUAUUGUGAAUUUUCCAGGAAGAGAAAGUAAAAGUCAUCAACUUGAACUCUUGUUCAGUUAUUAUGCGAGAAUGAUUCAGAGACACCAGGACGAUCAAACUUUCUCACAACUUCGGGUCCCCAUAUCAGACGGACUGAAACUGUAUCCCCACAAUCCGGAGCUUUAUCGAGCUUUGGUGAACAUCUGUUGUCACCGUACGACAUCCCAUAGACUAAGAAUGAUGUUUGAUGACUAUUCCCGCAAGAAUUGAUCUGUCGUUGUUUGGCUAUUUGCACUUUCUUAUGAGUUGAAUAAAGAAGACUCCUCACACAGAAUCUGUGGAUUGUUUGAAAGGGCUUUUGCACAAGAUACACUAAACAAGUCGGUCAUUCUAUGGCGUUGCUAUAUUGCAUAUGAGGUCGACAUUGCAAAAGAUUUAUCAGCAGCUGUAAAGAUUUACUACCGAGCUAUAGAUGCAUGUCCAUGGUCGAAAAAACUAUGGCUGGGUGGGUUUAGGAAGCUGAGCUCAGUUUUGACAGUGGAACAGAUGUCAACGAUACAAAAAGUGAUGCUGGCCAAGGAACUGAACAUUAGGACAGAUAUUCACGAGAUUAUGCAGGGAUGAGAUCAUUGAAAAUGUAUAUACAGUUAUGCUCUGUUCUGGAAGAUUAGGAUUUAGGACAGAUAUUCACGGAUGAGAUCAUUGAAAAUGUAUAUACAGUUAUGCUCUGUUCUGGAAGAUUAGGAUUUAGGACAGAUAUUCACGGAUGAGAUCAUUGAAAAUGUAUAUACAGUUAUGCUCUGUUCUGGAACAUUAGGAUUUAUGACAGAUAUUCACGAGAUUCUUCUUA